AACGCAAAUCCCUGCCGUGUUGGCCGUAAUGUCAGCUGACUUCGACAGACCUCUUCCUUUCUUCUCUUAAAAAUCGGCCCAAAAAACGCGAAAAAGAUGUCGACUGGGGGUUCCUAUAAUAGCGAACGCCCUCCUUCAGUGGAUGUGGACUACUCAGCGGAUCCUGCGUCGGGGAGUUUCUUUAGUACAGAGUUCAAAAAACAUGAAGAUCUUAAGCAGAUGCUGGACAGCAACAAGGAUGGCCUCAAGUUGGAGGCCAUGAAACGAAUCAUUGGGAUGGUGGCAAAAGGACGUGAUGCUUCAGACCUUUUCCCAGCAGUUGUCAAGAAUGUAGUUAGUGCUAACUUGGAGGUGAAGAAGCUGGUGUAUGUGUACCUGGUGCGUUAUGCAGAGGAGCAACAGGACUUGGCCCUCCUAUCUAUCUCCACCUUCCAGCGAGCUCUUAAGGACCCCAAUCAACUGAUUCGAGCAUGUGCACUACGUGUUUUGUCCAGCAUCCGUGUACCAGUCAUUGUCCCUAUCAUGAUGCUGGCAAUCAAGGAUGCUGUGAGUGACAUGUCUCCUUAUGUCCGAAAGACAGCUGCCCAUGCCAUCCCAAAGCUUUACAACCUUGACCCAGAACAGAAAGAGGAGUUAAUACAAGUUAUUGAGAAAUUGCUCUCGGAUAAGACCACUCUUGUGGUUGGGUCAGCUGUGAUGGCUUUUGAAGAGGUGUGUCCAGAAAGAAUUGAUCUCAUCCAUAAGAACUACAGGAAGCUGUGCAACCUCUUAGUGGAUGUUGAGGAAUGGGGUCAGGUCAUCAUCAUCAACAUGCUAACCCGAUAUGCACGUACCCAGUUCAUUGACCCCAAUGCUGGGGAAGGUUUAGAGGAGAAAGAGAAGCCAUUCUAUGAAGAUGAUGAGCAAGAGGAACCAGAAGAUGCUGAUACCUUAGUAAAGAGGCCUAAAACAAUGGACCCUGACCACCGCCUCCUCCUCCGAAACACAAAGCCCCUCCUGCAAAGUCGUAAUGCAGCUGUUGUUCUUGCUGUUGCGCAACUGUACCAGCAUAUUGCUCCACGUUCUGAGGUGUCGCAGGUGGCCAGGGCUUUAGUCAGACUUCUGCGUUCUCACCGUGAGGUCCAGGCUGUUGUCCUAACUAACAUAGCAUCCAUGUCUACACGUCGAAAGGCCAAUGCAAGUAUACAGGAGAAAGGUAUGUUCGAGCCAUAUCUGAAAAGUUUCUUUGUGCGCUCCAGUGAUCCUACUCAUAUUAAGGCCUUGAAACUUGAAGUCCUGACAAACCUUGCAACAGAUGCCAACAUAUCUGUAAUACUGCGAGAAUUUCAAACCUACAUUGGAUCCUCUGACAAGGAGUUUGUUGCUGCUACAAUCCAGGCCAUUGGAAGAUGUGCCUCAAACAUAAGAGAAGUCACGGACACCUGUCUUAGUGGCCUUGUGUCACUUCUCUCCAACAGGGAUGAGUCUGUUGUGGGUGAGAGUGUUGUAGUAAUCCGGAAAUUACUGCAGAGUGAGACAGUUGGCCACAAGGACAUCAUCAGCCAUAUGGCUCGACUUGUUGACAACAUCAAGAUUCCCAUGGCUAGGGCAAGCAUCCUUUGGCUCCUGGGAGAGUACUGUGACAAGGUGCCCAAGAUUGCUCCUGAUGUGCUCAGGAAGAUGGCCAAGACAUUUAUCACAGAGGAGGACAUAGUAAAGCUGCAGAUCCUGACUCUAGCCACGAAGCUGUAUUUGACAAACCCCAAACAGACUCGCCUUCUCUGCCAGUAUGUGUACAACUUGGCAAAGUAUGACACCAAUUAUGAUAUUCGUGACAGGGCUAGGUUAACAAGAGCUCUUGUGUUUCCAUCUCAAGGGCAUGAAGAUAACAAACUUGCUAAGCAUGCAAAGAAGAUAUUUUUAGCAACCAAACCACCUCCAGUUCAACAGUCAAGUUUUAAAGAUCGGGACCAAUUCCAGCUGAGCACACUCUCUCACUUCAUCAAUGCCAGAGCUAGUGGUUACCAGGACCUUCCUCCAUUCCCUGAUGAUGCCCCAGACCCAAGUGUUCGUAAUGUAGAGAUGCCGACGCCAGUCACCCCAGUUUUCAAGUCUGCUCACCAGAAGAAGAAGCCACAGAAGGUGAAGUCAUUCUACUCAGAUGAAAGCUCACCAGAAGAUGAGAGCGAUGAGGAGGAGAGUGAGAGUGGAAGUGAGAGCGAUAGUGAAAGUGACAGCAGUGAAAGUGACAGUUCGGAGAGCAGUAGUGAGGAGGAGAGCGAAUCUGAGAGCGAUGAUGAUGAGGAUGAAAAGCAGAGGACAAGAGGGAAGGCCAAGAGAAAGUCUGGCAGUGGAGGUAGAAAACGGGAAGCAUCAGAGUCGUCAGGUAGUGAAGAAUCGGAGUCGGAAUCAUCAGAAUCAGAGUCAGAGUCAUCCUCUUCAGAGAGCGAAUCAUCAAGUGAUGAAGAAUCAGAGAAUUCCGAGUCAUCAGAUGAAGAUACCAAGAAGAAGAAAUCAAAAGAAAAGGCAAGUAACAAGAGCAAAGCUACACAAGGAGGAGGGAACCGCACAAACUUAGACCUUCUCCUUGACCUCGAUGACAUUCCUCCAACUAUGGAUACUCCACUGCUCACUCCUUCCCUGGGGGGUCUCCUGACGCCCACUCCAACGGCACAGCCUGCUCAACCAUUACCUCCUGGGGCAUCUAUUCAACCAGCUUCAGCAAAGUUUGUACCCACAACCACUCAUGAACUCCUUAAUAGGUUUAGUGGAAGCGGGCUUUCUGUGGGAGCACGUUUCACCCGAUCCCCACACCUCUAUUCACCCAGAAUGACAUCAGUAGAACUCACUUUCACAAAUACUGGAACUGAAGAAAUCCGUGACAUUAGCAUUGGCAGGAAGAAACUAGCACCAGGAAUGUCUCUACAUGAGUUUGCUGGCAUUGCGGUACUAAAUGCUGAUACGACACUCCAUGGCACUCUUGGUGUGGACUUCAAUGACACCACCCAGCCAGCAGUAUUCGAUCUGAUUGCUGGGGGACGCACAUUUAGCAUUAGUGUUACUGCUCCGAUCGGCGAACUGAUGACUCCACUGGCAAUGAGUGAAGCAGACUUCAAUCUGAACCAGGGAAAGUUAAGAGGAAUGAAUGAAUUGAGUGGGACAGCAAAGCUUCCAAGUGAGCAGAACAUCAAGGCUCUUGUUGACCAUGUGUAUGAGACUGCCAAUCUCCUACAAGUGCAGAGUUUGAGUGACAAUGUAUUGAAGUUUGGAGGUCAGACAGCUUCCGGGAAAGUUUUGGUGCUUCUGAGCUUGACCGUCCCAGAGGAGACCGCUGAGUGUUCAAUCACCAUCAACUGUGAGAAGAUGGUUGUUUCGUCCAUGCUUCUGAAAGAGUUGCAGUCAGCUUUAGCCAAGGACUGAGACAAUCAAGGGAAACUUAGUAUUAGGGUUAGCCACUUGCUAGUGGGACAGGAUUGCUUAUUUUGUUUAUUGGCAUUGCUAUUAUAUUUUCAUUUUUGUUAUAGUAAAAACUACAGUUUUCUACUUAUUAUAUUCCUGAUCCUUUUCUUCCUCUUCCUUAAAUUUCUCCUCCCUUCCUCUCUCCCUCUAUUCACUCCCAUCAUUACCUACCUCCCUUCCUUCCUGCCUUCCUUCCUUCCUUCCUUCCUUCCUUCCUUCCU